AUGCAGCUCAGCACCAGCAAUCUAUUAUUCUUCAUUUCUCUCGGCCGAGCCGGCCGAGGGACUUUCUUAGAGGAUACUUCCCAACAUCCUCUUCGCAAACCCGAGAGCUUCAUCAGCACUUCUAUUUUCCAGCAACGACCAGCCCUCAUAACGACAGACAACAAACCCGGGAUACACCCAUACGACGACUUCCUUGCAGAUACGCCGUACCAAGGUAUCGCAACUUUUGCACAUCUGAAUUCAACCAAUUGCUUCUCAGUAGCUAGUGACAGCACGUUUGACAUAGCUGUUGUUGGUGCACCCUUUGAUUUGGGCGUAACGUAUCGUCCUGGCGCCCGCUUCGGCCCGGCGGGGAUUCGGAUGGGCUCGAGAAGGCUGGCACCUUCGUUCGCUUACAGCAUGGACCACGCAACGAAUCCGUUCCUCGACUGGGCCACUAUCGUCGAUUGCGGAGAUAUCAUGAACGAUCCUUUUGACAAGCUGCAAGCCAUUCACGAUCUGCAGAAAGGUUGGGAUUCUAUAGCUGCCCGGAAGGUACGCAACAAGUCGAAUGGCACUAUCCCUCGUAUUGUCAGUAUCGGGGGCGAUCACACCAUUAGCCUCCCAGCCAUCCGGGCACUCUACCAAUCUUGGGGUCGCGUGACUGUGUUGCACUUCGACUCCCAUCUCGAUUCCUGGGACCCAAAACAACUCGGGGGCGGGCUCACGAAAUAUUCGGAAAUCACCCACGGCUCCAUGUUCCAUAUCCUUCACGAGGAGGGUUUUAUCGCCGAGCAUGGCAAUAUGCACCUCGGUUCUAGAUCAAAGCUUAUGGACAAGGUUUAUGAUCUCGAGCACGACGCUGACUGUGGGUUUACUUAUAUACGCGCAAGAACAUUAGACCAGAUCGGAAGUGAUGCUGUCGUCGAUCGAAUUAUCAAGACUGUCGGUGAUGAGUUUGUCUAUCUGAGCAUCGACAUCGACGUUAUGGACCCCGCAUUCGCCCCGGCAACAGGCACCAUCGAACCAGGUGGAUGGACGUCAAGAGAGCUAUUACACAUCCUGAGCAGCCUUGCAGAUGCUGGUUUAAAGAUUGUGGGUGCGGAUGUCGUCGAAUUUACACCAGUCUACGAUAAUACCGCCGAGACAACUGCUAUCGUUGUGAGCGAGAUUAUAUACGAGAUUCUGCAAUGGAUGGUAAAAGUGCCAGUACUGCAGUCUUAA